AUGGCGGCUUUCAGUGCAUUAAACAAAAACUCGAAAGAAAUUACCGACUCAAACUGGGACUUAAAAUUACAUCUCGGCGUCACUUUAUUACGGAACUUUUUAAAACUCGGCAAAAAUUUCACCAUAGAGAAACACCAAAAGGUUCUAUCUCGAGCACAUUUUCCCUCGCCGCCUUCUGUUUCCGUACGCAAAGCCACAAUACCCGAAACAUGUAGGUCACAAGCCGAAGAUAUUCUGGCCGGUCUAUUAAGUGGACAGGAGGAAAAGGUUGGUUGGCGAUGGAGAGAAGAUCCAAUCAAACAACGACCAUUACGUGGUGAAUGGGUUGAAUCGAAAAAGCGAAAGAAGCGAACCGCAGUCGACCGUGUCAUUUUGUAUAUUCAUGGUGGUGCUUACUUUUAUGGCAGUGCUGCGCAACAUCGAUUCUUGAUCCAAAAGGUAGCAAAAUAUGGUGGCGCUAGAGCUUUAAGUAUUGAUUAUCGUCUAGCUCCUCAAUCUCCCUUCCCUGCUGCCUUAGUGGACGUCUUAGCUGCAUAUUUCUAUCUGAUAGAUCCACCUGCCGAUGCUGGAUUUGAACCAAUAAGUCCAAAAAAUAUAGUUGUGAUGGGAGACUCGGCUGGUGGUGGCUUAACAAUUGCGUUAAAUAUGGUUUUACGUGACGCUGGUCUUCCAAAACCUGUUGCAGGUGUAUGUUGGUCUCCUUGGGUUGAUCUAUUCCACUCAUUGCCUUCAUGUUAUACCAAUGCUGAAACAGACUACGUUCCUAAUGGGUUCGUGCACAAAGCGUCCCCGGCAAACCCAAUAAAAGACUACAGAGACAUUAAACAACGAUUGGAACGAGUUCAUUAUUACGCGCAUAACUCUGCGCUAGAUAUUCCGUAUGUUAGCCCGAUCUUGGCUAAUGAUUUAGGUGGCCUGGGAAAUUUAUUUAUCACAUGCGGUAAAGGUGAAAGAUUACGUGAUGAAGCAAUCCUAUUUGCAUACAAGGCAGCAAAAACGCAUCCGGAGGUAUUUGACAUUAAAAAAGAAGGAAGACACCCAUACCCUCCGACAAAAGUCCAUCUUUAUGUUUACGAUGCAAUGCCACACGUCUUUCAAAUGUUUCUUUUCCAUCCAGUUGCUAUAAGUGCAAUCAAACAAUCCGCCAUAUUUAUACGCAAAGUAAUACCGGAACCACCCACAGCUUCAACAACCCAAUCACAGCAUCACCCUGCUGAAAACGCUAGUGAUAGUUCAGGAUCAGACAUUUCGUUGCUGGACGAAGAAGAUGAGAAUCUUGAAGAUGAAAAUGAAGUUCUGGUUCAACGAUAUUGUGAUAUUAAAGGAAAAAUCCGGGAGAAAAAUGAAAAAGAUGUUAUUGCUCCUAGCGUUUUGAAGGAAUGGGUGAAGCUGUUGGGAAAGUUCCCAGAUUUCAAGGCAUAUCCCGAGUAUUUAGAA